AUGAACCGCUUAAUAGAGAUCCGACCUGAAGACAAGGGCAUCCUCGUUUCCCAGUCCAAGUUGAUUGUCGUUAAUGGAGGCGCCUGUGAUUUUUACACCAUCAGCUUGGCAGAACGUGUUGAGACCCCAGUGGUGAUAUCGAUCCGUGCCACAUUCGGAGAAGUUGCUGUUUCUCCGGACACACUUCAGAUCAAACCAGAAGAAUAUGACAAACCCCGAAGGAUUGUUGUCGUUGGAGGAAAAAACCGAGAGGUUUCAGAUACUCCUGAGGAGGACAGCAGCAAGAUUGAGCUCCUCCAUUACGUGACAAGCAAAACGCCGGCCUACGAUGGAUUUGCAUUUCGGCUGACGGUCGUCCUCGUCUCGACGAGCGGAGCAAUCCUGAGGUCCUUCGGGUCGAACUUACAUUUCCAACUGGCCCACGACAGUACAAACAAAAAGAGUCAAACGCAUCCACAGAAGCUUGCAGGCCUGCCAGCGAAAACGACGGUCCCUCAGAUCUCGAGCGGUGCCAGGCACACUUGCGCAGUCUUGCAAGACGGUACUUUGUUCGGAUGGGGAGACGGCAGCGACGGGCAACUGGCUUUGCCCCUCCCCUCGCUGGGUUCCGCCCGGACUCUGGACGCCCUUCCAGGCGACGCACACACAGAUGGAACGCCUUCGAGGAGUGGCGACUCCCUCGUGCGCGGGCCGCCCUCGCUGAAGCCUGCUCGAGUCCACAGCCUGGUGGCUUCUCCAGAAUCAGGGAGACGUGGAACGCUUUCUAGCCAACGACGAGGCCGCACGCUUGGCCCUGGAGGCGCGCCGGGUUCUCCCCGGGGUCGGGCUGGCGCCACGGGGCUCGUGCUCGUCCCCGUACCUCGGAUAAUCUCUGCUUUGGAAGGCGAAUUCGUUGUUCAGGUUGGCUGCGGAGAAGCUCACACGUUGAUUCUGACUUUGCAGGGAACGAUGUAUGCGUUCGGCAACGCCCAGAACGGUCGUCUCGGCAUUCCUCGUCCAGUCGAUGCGUUGGACUCCCCAUCAGGUGACCAAGGACGCGCUUCGCUUCUCAGGUUCCGCGAGAGAGGCGGCCUCUAUGCAAAAUACUCGGUCCCUCAACUCAUCACUGGGAUUCCCAAAGUCCGUGUCAUCAGCGUAGGAGCUGCCUUCAGCGCAUGCAUUGACGACCGCGACUGCCUAUACACCUGGGGUUCGAACACGGCGGGGCAGCUCGGCCUCGGUCAUACGGACGACGUGUGGCAACCGCAAAAAGUCGAGACACUGAAAACGCCUCUUCUGCAGGCGAGCUGCGGAAAGAAUCACCUUCUCGUGCUUACCUACGACGGCCACGUGUUCGCUACUGGGGAGGGCGGCGAGGGUCGCCUGGGCCUCGGCGACACUCACAGCAGGCACUCCUUUGAGCGCGUCAAAGGCCUGCCGCCAGUGCGGUUCAUCUGCGCGGGAGGAAGUCACUCUGCCGCUCUGGACUCGGGUCUCCUCGUGUGGACGUGGGGCAGCAACUGCUGUGGGCAACUCGGCUUGGCGAACUGGCAGCCCUCGGCGGCGUUCUUAGCGGCUUCUGUGGCGGCUGAAGCUGCACACGUUGUGAAGUCGCAGUCGGGAACGAAAGCGGGGGCGGCGCGAGAAGCGCCCACGUUGACGCGCGCAGAGAACGCGGCGCGGGGCGUCCUGAGUGUCUGGGGAAAAGGCAAACGCGGCGGAGACGAGGGUGUCUCGGCGAGGGAGCACAGAAACCGAAGAACUCACACGGGGAAACGCACAGAUGGAGAGCCGAAGCAGGCUAACAACGGGCAUGAAGGAGAUGAACAAGGGACGCGAGAGGCGCGAAAAGCGAUCCUCACUGCUUACUCCCUGUCCGAAGGCCACGAAAGCCUCUCUGUUAAGCCGCAGGUUGUGGAAUUCCUUCGCGACAAAAGCGUCGUUACUCUUGCCCUCGGUCCCCUCUACUCUCUCGCCGUCACUCUCCGCGGGUUCGUCUACGCGUGGGGCAGUCACGAACAGGGACAGCUCGGCCUGUCGGAUCGCCUAGACAACCAGCCGCUCCCUGUGCUGGUUCCGGCGUUUUUGUUUUCGCCGGCGGUCCAGGUGUUUGCGAGUCCAUGCAGCAACUGCAGCUUUGUCUCUUCCGUUGCCGACGUCUUGAAUCCGUUUCUCUCGGUCUCUGUCUCCAACUCUCCCCUCGGGAGCCCGCGCACGCCCUCCGCGCCGGCGACACCCACCAGCGUGGCCCCGACUGCUUUCCGCUCGGCGUCUGAAAGGAGCACAAGCUCGGGGCGACACGAGGGCGCAGCUGCGGACUUCCGCGCCGCCUGCGCGUUUCGCUCUCUCGGAUCUGCCCCGCGCCGCAGGAGCCAGAGUGACUCUUCGUCCGGAGAGUCUCAGGCGGCGGUGCGUGGCGGCGGCAGGCCUGCGUCUUUCCGUCUUCGCAACUCCGGGAAGGACGCUCAAAGGACCGAGAAACCUGAACAACGCGCCGUACCCUCCGCACGAGAGAGCCAGCGUCACUGGGAAGGCGCCUCGACGCCCCGGCCUCGCUGGCAAUCUGGGCACGUGGCCUCGCCCGCGGAAAGGAGAAAAGGAGAAGAAGCGAGCGACGUCUUUUCUUUUAAUGGAGAGAGGAGAAGGGGGCGACGGUCGCCUCGCGGAGACGCGCGCCAGAGCAAAGCGCCUGGACGAAGCCUCCCCCGCCGCCUCGCCCGCCGUCGCGGCGCUGUGAAGACCGAAGAAAGCCUCGAGAUGGACGAGAAGAACUGCGUUUCUGCGGUCGCCCCUCAGAGCCCGUGCGCACGGUGCUCACGGCCGUCUUCGCGCCGGAGCGGCGAGCGAGGAAAGAGAACAGAGGCGAGGAAGAGUAGGUUCGGCAGGGGUCAGGAGGACAACGAAAUGUACAGCGACGAAGAGGAAGAGUUUGGCGUCUCAGACGGCCCGGGACAAGAAGAGAAGCGCAGCGAGCGAGGGCGACGCCAAGCGGAGGCGAAGCGGCGCCCGAAGCGCGACGAAGAAGCCGCUGCCGCCUCGCAACGAAUUGCUGAAAACCGACGCGUCGGCCACGCGAGCUGUACGGGAGGAUCCCUCAAUCCCAAAAAUGCACAGUUCAACUUCGGCGACCAGUUCGGCAGUUGGUACCGCAAACUCGAGGAGCAAGAAGAAGAAGCGCGCCAAGCCGCAGAUCUUUGCUACCGGCUUCGCCGGGGAGAAGAGAGAAUGGAGAUGUUCAAAAAAGCUGCGUCGCGGCGCGAGAGGUCGAGCAAGCAAUCGCCGCAAGGAAAGGCGCCGCCCGUUGUCGACCGCAUGCAGAGUGCGCCGAAAGAAGCCGCUCCAGAGGAGACGCCUGACGCGUAA